UUGCCGCUACUAACUUGUGGGCUGCGCGCGGCCUGCGGGAGAGGGCGCCGGCUCCAGCCCUUCGUGAGAGCAGCGCGCGACGGGAGCUGCGGCGGCCUCGGAUGGGCAGCGCUUGGUGCUUCCUGCACGCCAGGCCCGCCGCGGGAGCCUUGCCGUUCAGGCAUCAGCGCGGCUAGCUCUGAGCUGCGAUGCACUGCGAGGGCCCUGAGCAGGGUUUCGGGGCGAGGGAGGUCUCCCGGAAAUGUUUUUGGGGGCUGCAGUUGAGUUUAUCUGAAUGCAGAGCCUCAUCUGUUCACAGAUUAGUCUAGCAAUUUCAGCAAAGAGGAUCACUUCUCUGUAGGAAGUUUGACAAGUUACAGGUACAGAAUGAGCACCUGCUGUUGGUGUACUCCAGGUGGUACCUCCACCAUUGAUGUCCUGAAGUGCUAUGCUUCUAGCACUGGGUCAGGUGAAUUUCAGACAGCUGAUGAAGACCUCUGUUACUGCUUAGAGUGUGUGGCUGAGUACCACAGAGCCAGAGAUCAGGUGCCAUUCUUGCAUGAGGUUCUGUGGGAGCUAGAAACCUUACGUCUCAUACAUCACUUUGAGAAGUGUAUGAAGGCAGAAGUUGAAGAUGAUGAUGAAUUGUACAUAGUAGACAACAAUGGAGAGGAACAGCUGUUUGAUUGUAGUGGCCAAGAUUUUGAAAAUAAGCUUCGAGUUCCUCUUUUUGAAAUAUUGAAGUACCCUUACUUACUUUUGCAUGAGCGUGUUAAUGAACUGUGUGUGGAAGCACUUUGUCGAAUGGAACAAACCAAUUCCUCCUUUCAGGUUUUUGACAAAUACCCAGGGAUCUAUUUGUUUUUGGUUCAUCCCAAUGAAAUGGUUCGGCGAUGGGCUAUUCUGACAGCAAGGAACCUGGGGAAGGUGGACAGAGAUGACUAUUAUGACUUACAGGAAGUUUUAACUUGCCUUUUUAAAGUCAUUGAGUUGGGGCUUUUGGAAAGUCCAGACAUUUACACAUCUUCUGUGCUUGAAAAAGGCAAACUGAUCCUUUUGCCUGCACACAUGUAUGAUACUACCAACUACAAAAACUAUUGGCUAGGUAUUUGCAUGUUGCUGACUAUUCUUGAGGAACAAGCCAUGGAUUCACUCUUACUGGGCUCAGAUAAACAAAAUGAUUUUAUGCAAUCAAUUCUUCACACCAUGGAGAAGCAAUCAGAUGAUGACAGCAUGGAUCCUUUCUGGCCAGCAUUACACUGUUUCAUGGUGAUUCUGGAUCGCCUUGGAUCUAAGGUGUGGGGUCAACUUAUUGACCCUAUUGAAGCAUUUCAAACCAUUAUUAACAAUGUAAGCUACAACAAAGAGAUCCAGAAUAUACGGAACAGCUCCAUAAGGACCAAGUUAGAACCGGAGCCACAUUUUGAUGAUAUGGUGACGUGCAGCCAGAUUGUUUAUAACUAUAAUCCUGAAAAGACCAAAAAGGAUUCAGGGUGGAGAUCUGCCAUUUGUCCAGAUUACUGUCCUAACAUGUAUGAAGAAAUGGAAACAUUAGCCAGUGUGCUUCAGUCAGAUAUUGGUCAAGAUAUGCGUGUUCAUAACAGCACCUUUCUGUGGUUCAUACCUUUUGUUCAGUCACUCAUGGAUCUUAAGGAUUUGGGUGUGGCUUACAUAGUAGAAGUUAUUCAUCAUCUAUAUUCUGAGGUCAGAGAUGUCCUCAACCAGACAGAUGCUGUGUGUGACAAAGUCACUGAAUUUUUUAUUCUGAUUUUAAUAUCUGUGAUUGAACUGCAUAGAAAUAAAAAGUGUUUGCAUCUGCUGUGGGUGAGUUCUCAACAGUGGGUAGAAGCUGUUGUGAAGUGUGCCAAGCUUCCUACCACUGCAUUUGCACGGAGUUGUGAGAAGUCACCUGGAAGUACCCCUAAAGGAGCAGCAAUAAUGUCGUCAUUGGGAUUGCACUCAGUGCAGUCUAACUCUGUCCAGCUUGCUUGUGUACAGCUGAUUAGGGGUCUCCUCAAAGAAGGUUAUCAGCUUGGUCAGCAAACACUUUGUAAGCGGUUCUGGGAUAAACUUAACUUAUUCCUUCGAGGAAAUUUAUCCCUGGGUUGGCAGUUGACUGCUCAAGAAACCCUAGAGUUACAAACAUGUUUGAAACAAAUAAUUAGAAACAUAAAAAUCAAAAUGCCCCAGUAUAGUGCUUUUGGAGAUCUGACAUUUACAUGUAAAAGUCCUCCAUCUUUUAAAGAAGAAAGUGAACAAAUAGACACUAAGUCUAAAAAAGACAUUUAUUGUCUGGAAAACUGCAGCCCAACAUCUUCUAAAGAACCAAUUAAAGCUGACAGCAAUCAAGUGUUGAGUAAGGCAGAUAUAACAGAGGUGGAGAACUUGGCCAAACAACACUAUAUUGAUUUGAAUGAAGAAGAGCAUCUUUCAACUGAGUUGUGCUUGAAGCGGAAGAAUGAGGCUCUUUUUUCUGAAAGUGCUCAACAGCAAGUUAAAAUAAGCCCAGAGGAGUCUGGGAAAGAAAACUCUUCAUACAAGCCGCAGAAUAGUAUAUCAAGAAAUGGUCCAGAAUUGGGUUCUGAUAGAGGAGUAAUAAUAUCAACACAUUCAUUGACUGAUUCUAGCACUGAUUCUCUGGAAAAGGUAUCUACAUCAAGUGAAGAUGUCUUGUUGAAGGACGGCACUGUGGGUAAAACCUCAAAACCAAAAUCUAAAGCACAGAAAGAUGAAAUUUGUGCAAAAUUAUCACAUGUCAUAAAGAAGCAACACAGGAAAAGUACUUUGGUCAAUAACAACAUCAAUCUAGAGGAAAAUACAGCUAUCUCUGAUCUUGAGAACUUCUGUUCAGGAAAAGAUAGAAGUACUCUAAAGGAAGAUGAUGCUAUCACACGUGGUGUGUCCUUAGACUCUGCUCUGGAUGAUGAACAUGGACAGCAAAAAUCUCAAGACAGUCUACUGCUAAAAAAGAAGCAGAUAAAAAGUGAGGAGUUGGAUAAUACUUCUUCUGAUGAAAACAAGUGUCAAAGGCAGAAAGGCCAUGCUGCUGUUCCAUGUGAGGGUCCUAUACAGGUAGUAGUAGAAUCGAGAGAUGUAGUUGAAUUAAGAUACGAGGAAAUGAGGAAGAGUACAGCGCUGACUUCUGAUUUGGUAAAAGGACAGGUGCCUCCUCCUGGCAGUAGCAAGCCUUCAGUAACAGGUUCUCAAGUAGACCUCUGUAAUGUAAGCGUAAUAGCUCAAACUACUGUUAUUCAGUUUCCAUCAGGUUCAAGUAAACAGAGUUCAUCCGAGCUACCAAAAAAAGAUGAUAAAAGAUGUUUGACAGCUAAUGGAAACACUGCUGACUCUUGCCGUGGACAAAUUAUUGUUAUUUCAGAUUCUGAUGAAGAUGAUGAAAGAAGUGGUGGCACUGAGAAAAACAUCAAACAGAGCAGCAAAGUAGGCAUGGAGAAAGACUGUCCAGAGCAGCAAGGUUCAGUAGUUAAUACCAGUGUUGAAAAGCUUGUAAAGGAAGAAGGACCACAGUACCCUGAAGAAAUUGAGGACUCUGAAUCUCAGGUUUUUGAGUUUGAAAGUUUAUCUGAAGUGUUUUCAGUUUGGCAAGAUCAUAAGAUAGACAGCAAGAACACCCUUCAAGAGGAAGGGAAAGGCUGUGUAACCCAUGUAGCUGAUAGUACAAACAGUACCUUGGGUUGUGGUGCUGACUCUGUGUGUGAAGAGGUUAGACACCAAGCAGAGGAUAUUAAAGAGCAUACAGAACCACAUAGUAGUGUUUCUGCUGAGGAAUUUUGUAAAACUGGAGUAAAAAAAUCUAAGAGAAAGCGAUGUGACAGAGUUACAGCUGAAGAUCCUCAGAGGCCCUCCUCUUCUGUUAGAGCUGAGCAGUUGCCUGAUGACAGAGAUAUUACUGGAAGUGAUUUUAAAAAUACAGACACGGGGACAUCAGCUCCCAGUUCAAGUGUUGAGAGAGACUCUACAACACAGAAAAAGUCUACAAAGCCCCAUACUCACUCAAAACCUGUUAGGAAAGUUCCAGCUUCUAAGGCUACUAAGAAAACACUUCCAGACACCAAAAGAGGACAGAAUAAUAAGAGUUCAUGUUACAUAAGUUGUAGAACUUCUCCUGCUAUUGUGCCACCAAAGAAAUUUCGCCAGUGUCCAGAGCCGACUUCAACAGUUGAAAAACUUGGCCUGAAAAAAGCUCCUCGGAAGGCUUUUGAGUUGUCCCAGAGGUCUUUGGAGUGUAUUGUCCAGUUACGUGACCAUGGUAAAACUGUUGGAGUAGUCAAUGCCCCCAAAAAGACUAAAUUAAUUUCUCCUCAUACUCUUUCCAUCAAAAAUAAUAAGCUUCUGACAAGUCAGGAUCUUCAGUUUCAAAGGCUUGUGAGAUCCAGAUCGCAUCAAAAACGAGACCUUGAUUACAAAAAUACUGAUAUUUCAAGAGCAGUGCCAUGCACAGUGCAGGUUUCGGAUGGACUUGAACCAGACGAUGAUGGGCCAGAUAAUCCUGGAGGAAGUGAGCCACUUUCCAACAGUAAUGAAAAAAAAUUAGCAAAAUUCAUGCUUGUGAAACCAGAAGAGGCAAGAGCCAUUUUUGAUCAUCAGGUAACUGAUAUAACUUCACUUGUGAACCAGUGCGAAUCUAGAGUGUUAAGUGGAGGAGUGCCAACAGAUGUAAUGAUGGUCUCUGCUUCAGAGGAUCCUGUAGGUGGAGAUGCCUCCACAGUGCAAGUUGAGGAGGAGGCAGCUGUGGAAGCUGGAGAGCCAGAAUCAAGUAGUGAUACAGAUGAUGACAAUUUAUUCCUAACACAACAUGAUCCUCAAGAUAUGGAUCUGUGCUCACAGUUGGAAGAUGAUAAACCCAUUAUAGUGGCUCAUAAAAAAGAUAGAGUUCAGAGAGAAGAUUCUGUAAGUCGGCCUCAGUUGGAGUCUUUGAGUGUCACAAAGUGUAAGUACAAAGACUGUGUUGAAACCACGAAAACUCAGGGUAAAUACUGCCCAAUACACUGUGAUGCUAAAGCAGCAGAUGAUGAUGUGUUUCGUAAACCUGGCUUGCCUCUGUCUGUGGCCAGGCCUUCGAGACCUACUACUACGAAGAUAUUUAGCUCAAGCAGUGCUUCACGAACUGCCAACCUUUCCAAGACUUUGGAAAGUACUACAUUUCAGUCAGCACUAAAAAAGUCAGGUGGGCCACAGCCAAAUUUGAAGGUGACACCACCACUUUCUGUGGUGUCUCAGAAGCCAGUGGCUGCAGUGAAAAGUUUAUGCAAUAUUUUUCAUUUUCAGACUCCAAGCAGUUCCAACAAGCAGAAUUACAAGCCUACACUUAAUGAUAACAAGCCUAUGUCAGCUUCUUCUCCACUGAAUAUUCUCUUGCCAUCACAGUCUAUCUUUGACACCUUCAUUAAAGAGGUCUUAAAAUGGAAAUACCAGAUGUUUUUGAACUUUGAUAAAUGUGGUGCCCCACCAAGUCUCUGUCAGUCUAUCUCGAGACCCGUGCCUGUUCGAUUUCAAGAUUGUGUGGAAUAUUUCAAUGUUUUUCUCCCUUUAAUUAUAUUGAAUGCUUUUGAAACAGCAGCCCAGGAAUGGCUCAACUCUCCAAAUAAAGAGAACUUCUAUCAGUUGCAUUUACGAAAAUUUCCAGCCGACUAUAAAAAGUACUGGGAGUUUAUGAUUUACCUAGAGGAAUCUGAACUAGCUAAACAGCUCCACCCAAAGGAAAAUGAUCUGGUGUUUUUGGUUCCUGAGAAACUACAUGGAGAUAAAAAAGAUAUGGACAGGAAUGGCCUGCAGGAUUGCUAUUACUGUGGUUAUGUUCAUAAGUUCCGCCGUACUUCAGUCGUGCGCAGUGGGAAAGCGGAGUGUUCCUUGUGCAUUCAGACACAAGAUAUCUUGCCAGCCAGUCUAAAAGAACUUACCAAAUGUAUUGUAAUCAGUUCUCUGGUAACUACACAGAGGAAAUUGAAAGCCAUGUCUCUAUUGAGUAGUCGGAACCAGUUGGCCAGAGCUGUUCUAAAUCCAAAUCCCAUGGACUUCUGUACCAAAGACCUACUGACAACAACAUCUGAGAGGAUUAUUACCUACUUAAAAGACUUUAAUGAAGACCAGAAGAAAGCCAUAGAAACUGCAUAUGCCAUGGUGAAACACUCCCCAUCCGUUGCCAAAAUCUGUUUGAUUCAUGGACCACCUGGAACAGGAAAAUCAAAAACUAUUGUUGGUCUCUUGUACCGCUUACUGACAGAGAGCCAGAGGAAGGGCCGUUCAGAUGAAAACUUCAAUGCCAAGAUCAAGCAAAACCGAGUCCUCGUGUGUGCACCUUCCAAUGCAGCUGUUGAUGAACUUAUGAAAAAAAUUAUCCUCGAAUUCAAAGAAAAAUGUAAAGACAAGAAGAAUCCUUUGGGAAACUGUGGAGAUAUAAAUUUAGUUCGGCUGGGUCCAGAAAAGUCUAUUAAUGCGGAGGUUCUAAAGUUCAGUUUGGACAGCCAAGUCAACCAUAGAAUGCAAAAGGAAUUACCUUCUCAUACUCAAGAACUGCUUAGAAGAAAAGAGUUUCUGGAUGGUCAACUUGAUGAGCUUUCUCGUCAACGAGCUCUGUGUCGAGGUGGGCGAGAGAUGCAGAGGCGAGAAUUAGAUGGACACAUUGCCAAAGUCUCAAAAGAAAGGCAAGAACUUGCUUUGAAAAUAAAAGAGGUUCAGGGACGCCCACAGAGAACACAGAACACCAUCAUCUUGGAGUCCCAUGUCAUCUGCUGCACGUUGAGCACAAGUGGUGGCUUACUGCUUGAGUCUGCUUUUCGAGGGCAAGGGGGUGUUCCCUUCAGUUGUGUCAUUGUAGAUGAGGCUGGGCAGUCUUGUGAAGUUGAGACACUUUCUCCACUCAUCCACCGCUGCAGCAAACUUAUCCUAGUGGGAGACCCCAAACAGCUCCCCCCCACAGUCAUUUCUAUGAAAGCACAGGAGUAUGGCUAUGACCAGUCAAUGAUGGCACGGUUCUGCAAGCUCCUAGAGGAGAAUGUGGAGCAAAGCAUGAUCAGCAGGCUGCCCAUUUUACAGCUCACCAUUCAGUACAGGAUGCAUCCAGACAUAUGUCUCUUCCCUUCUAAUUAUGUUUAUAACAAAAACUUGAAAACAAAUAGAUUGACUGAAUCCAUUCGAUGUUCAUCAGAUUGGCCAUUUCAGCCCUACCUUGUGUUUGAUGUUGGAGAUGGUUCAGAACAACGGGAUAAUGACUCAUAUAUAAAUGUUCAAGAAAUAAAGUUGGUGAUGGAAAUAAUUAAACUUAUUAAAGAGAAAAGAAAGGAUAUUUCCUUCCGAAAUAUUGGCAUAAUAACCCAUUACAAGGCUCAGAAGAUGAUGAUCCAGAAGGAUUUGGAGAAAGAAUUUGAUACAAAAGGUUUAUUACAGCCCAUCAUGAUGGGGGAAUCAAAGCAGCAAGACCCUGAAGCAUCCCAUCAGAAGAAGAAGAGCAGUGAAUGCAUGCAUGUUAACGAUGAGCAAGAUUUCUGCGCUCUUACACAGUCCGGGAUCUCCUGCCCAGAGAAUGGUGUCACCCACACUGGACCUGCAGAAGUGGAUACGGUGGAUGCCUUCCAGGGCCGGCAGAAAGACUGUAUCAUCGUUACCUGUGUAAGGGCGAGUUCUGUACAAGGCUCAAUUGGAUUCCUGGCAAGUUUGCAGAGAUUGAAUGUCACCAUUACACGAGCCAAGUACAGCCUCUUUAUCCUUGGACAUUUGAGGACUCUGAUGGAGAACGAACAUUGGUAUGAACUCAUUCAGGAUGCUCAGAAGCGUGGGGCCAUUAUUAAGACCUGUGGCCCAAACUAUAAACGUGAUGCAAUGAAGAUUCUGAAACUGAAGCCUGUGCUACAGAGGAGUGUAACCCAUCCCCCAGCCACUGCCCCAGAGGCACCCAGACCUCAGGGUGGCUUGCCCAGUGGCAGGCUAGACAGUGGACUUACCACGACAUCUUUUGCUGCUUCUCUGUACCACACACCUUCUGAUGCUAUUACUUCAAAGGAAUCUGAAAGGCCACCUUUCCAAGAACGACUUCGAGAUCCACGACUAUUUAGGAGAUUGGAUGCUGAAGCCAAGGGAACAUUCCUGAAGGAUGCACAGCCUGUGAGCUCCCAGCUCCCUGGGCUAGUCCAUCUCCUGGGACAGUCUGGCUUUCCUGUGAUUUUCCAGGACCUAAGUUUUGUUGUACCACCGUCCACUGCCAUUGUUGCUCCUCUGGGCAGCCACAGGUCUCCUAUGCAGGCUCAGUCACCACCUGCUCACCUUGCUGCUGCUUCCACAAGUAAGAGGAAUUUUAGUCACCCAGAUGCUGAGCUCAGGCAUAGAAGAGCACCUAGAGCUUUCAGUGAAGAGGAAAGGCAUGGCUCUGUGACUCAGCACAUGCUGAGAAAUGCUAACUGGGACAGGAGGGACCCGGAGCAGGGUGACAGCAGUGCCAAGAAGAGACGCUUUCUCUAGUAGUGCCCGAGGAUGAGACUGUCAUCCACAGGCCUGCUAGGAACAGCAUACAAUAGCUGGGUUUUGUUUUUGUUUACCUUGAAGAGUCUGUGUUAAAGAGUGGACAUACCUGCUAACCCUUGGACUGUUGGUCUUCCUCAGUACUUUUUGCCAGUUGUAGAUACUUGGAGAGGGCAUUUGAAUGCCUGUGAUGUUCUUGGAGUCAGAAAUUCAAAAUGUUGGGAGCUUUUGUUCUGUAGAAAAGGUCAGAUCAGAGUGGGGGCUCUAAAGGUUAAACUGUGAAUCUGUAUAGCAAAUAUGAAAUCCUUUUAAAAUGUAAAUGGGUAGACCACAUUUCCUUUCUAUGCCCAAAAACAUUAGUGGUCAACAGAACAGACUUCAUAUUUAAAGAGAGAGAGAACAAGUCCUUUCAACCAUUGUGUGGUAGAAGUUUCUUUAACAGCCUUAGUACUGGGAAUUGGUACCAGUGGCCACUGUCUCAAGCUGGGGUCUCCUGGGCCUUCAGAAGGCACCAUGUUGGGAGCUGUUGAGCUGGUGGGCAAGGCAGCUUGACACAAGGUAUUACUGUGACAAGUUCAUUUACCCAUGUUAGUGUAUAUGACUUAGUUUUCUGGCUAAAUAUCUUUCCCUUCUCAAAAUGGAAGAACAAUUCUUGAGCUGCCAUUCAUAUAUAUGUUUGCAGUGUUUUGUGAGGUUGGUGUAACUUGUGAGUUGUGGACAUAGUUACCAAAUGAAGGGUUUGUGCUGGCCUGGCCUGGCCUGUCACUUUAGGUUGCUUGUGAAGGCUUGAGGAUUGCCAGGGAAAUUUAAAAAGUGGAUGCAUUUCAAGGGAUUCCAUGGGAGGAUAGCAAAUGAAAUGCUGUGUUGAGUCCCUGGGGACUGUGGCCUCCCUCAGACAGUGUGUGUGUUUGUGAGAGAAAAGCAGGGGAGGACUAGAAACCAGGACAGGAGUGCUGCCUUCCUGGUCUCCAACCCUCCAUGGAGAAGAGUGUGUGAAUGUGGGGUCCUGGUGUCCAUACAGUUGGGGCAGGAAGACCUCCCUGAAAAUUAAUGUUCACUCUUUGGAAUUUUUAUUUUUAUUUUUGUCAUCUAUUCUUAAAAGGGUUUGUGUUAGAAAUUCUGCUGAAGCAGGUUUUAUUUGUUAAGAGCUUUGAAAAAACAGUGUGCAUUUUGCCAAGUUUCAACACAGUCUCCUAAUCUGUGUCUUUCUGCUGGUGCACAGAACUCUACUGUCUGUAAACACUUGUGAAGCGAGGGCAUAGGCUUUAACCUCCUGCCUGUUUCCAGCCAGGUGGGAAGUAAAUCCUGCUCUGGCUAGGGCAAGGGUUCAGUAAGCCAUUGAAAGAAAACCUCACUGUCCACUUGAAAUUUUCUUUCUUGGUGUCUUUGGGAAGUGCUCAGUUUAGCAGGGACUUGUGAUUUAAGGCGAAAAGUCUGCUUCUGAGGAGGCAUAACAAAACGGCAAUAGCCGGGACAUUUCGAGCUCUGCUCACAUUACCACAUAGAUUAAGAAACAAGUUUUUUUUGAAAGAAGCUUUUCCAAAACAUGUAGUUGACCACCAUCAGUGAGUGUGUCAUAGGACUCUGUUCAUCUGCUGGCUCACUGCUAACCACAUCAGAGCAUAUGAGAUUAGCAGGACAGUACACUGUGUUUACUUUGAGAGUUAGAGGCUGCUGGGUCUAGAUUCUGGCCAGGGGCCAGGGUAUCCUUUCCAUCGAGCAAGACUUGCCUUAGAAGUGUCUCUCAGAUCUGAAACCUUCCUUCCUCCAGUUGGUAAAGGUAUUUGCGGAAAGUGCUUGACAUGUUUGCAUCUCGGGUGUCUUUUCCUGAAAGCACCAUCAGGAGCAGUUAAUGCUGGCCAGGCGAAAAGUUUGCUUUGUCCUUGCUUUGGUUAAAAGAAGGUGCCGUGACUACUUUCAAAAUGUUAUUUCAAGGUGAAUGUGUUAUACCUGUCUUAUUUUGCUUCUCUUUGGUUUAUCAUACAAUUUGUUCAGUUAUGUUUUUGUGAAUUAUCAUAAGCAAAUUGGAACAAGAACAUGUGAAUGUCCUCCUGUAAAUGUGUUUUAUAACAAGAGUGUACUAAACUAUUUUCUAAAAUUACAUGUGCAUUUUGGGAAUCUUUCUGUAGCUUUGUGUUUUGUAUGCUCUGGAUUCAUAACUGGAUUUUGGCAAAUAAUAAACCUGUUAUCUUUGUUAAAAUCUAAAAUUUAAGAGAAAAUGGCAGAAUUAAAACCAAGAAAAUGGA